AUGGACGCAAUCGCCGAUGACACUCGGACAUUCUUCAUUGACCUAUGCCGAAGGUAUCGAACGAAUCAUGAGUUUCUAGAAGGUAUCUACCACAUUUUGUUUGGAAAUCGCGAGCUUGGGUUUCCGGGUACAAAGACGGCCCAACGCAGACAGCUCACCAACUUUGCGCCCCUGGUACCGCAUAUGAUCAUGGCCAAGCCUGAUGUUGUCGAUGGCGCGAUUCCCCAAGGUCGGCAACCCCAAAUGAUGGAUGACCUUGAGGAUCUCAUCAUUCCAUUCGUCAUCAGUGAGGAUGACGGCAAUAAGGAGGACGAGAACAUGAUGGUUGCGCCCAAUUUCUUUUUCUACAACCGGCUCGAAGACAAAGAUGGCUCUGCGGGGAGCCGUGCGGCCUUGCAUUGCGGUGCUCUAGGGGCACGAGCGAUGCAUGAGAUACAGUGUUAUGGAAGAGCCAAAUCGUAUGACAAGAUGGCAUACACCUAUGUUGCGGUGCUAAUGACAAACCACAUGACCAUUUAUGCCAUUCAUCCGAUCGAGUCGCAGGCUCCGAAUCGCGAAACAGACUACCAGAUGACACAGAUAAAAGCAUUUCAGUUUGGAAAGUUGGAUGAGUUUAAGAGUGGGAUUGCGGCGUUUAGGAAUCUAAGGGAACACGCCCGAUCCGUACGGAGACGGCUCUUCGUGAAUCUAGAGAGAAACUCCGAUGACACGAGCGACGACAGCAAUGAUAGCGGUGGCAAUGGUGGGGGUUACAAGAAUAACUCCAAUAGCGAUGACCAGGAAACUAGCUCCAGUGACAGCAUAGGGGACAGCGAGGACAGCGAGAACAGCACAGGGCAAGGUACAUCGGCCUCGAACCAGAGAGAAUCGGAUCCUCCACGGGAGUCCAGUCCACCGACGAAACGGGUAAAGAUACGAUUAUGGCCAAAACCAUAA